CAGUAAAUUCUGUACUGUUUCACAGUAAAUUCUGAAGAUUAAAGUAAGAUUUCUUAAGUUAUUUAAUGUUAUUAAUUCAUAUUAACUGAAUUCUGAAAACGGAACCCCCAACCCCCUCCCUGUUAGGAAAUAUACUAAUCUACAAAUCUAUUUUUGCAGAGAUUACGGCGUUUACAAACUGCAGUUUUGUCAUCAUUCAACACAAGAGACAUCUUUACACACAGCACCAAAUCCCUGUGUUUUCAUUGUGGGGGAAAAAGAAAAUAAAACACUCUCCUCUAGCCCAGUGUGCAGAGCCUCGGAGGGUGACACCAAAAAAGCUAACAAUAGACAAACAGUGUAGAUAUCAAAGUGAAAAACACUACACUAACUUACAGAAUCACAAAGUGCAGCUCAAACGUCUGAGAGUACAAUAAACCUUACACACAACACAGCGCUCUCUUAAUGUGACUCUCUGUCCAGUCUCAGCCUGUUCUAGUCUAGAUCUGACGUCGAGUAAUCCACUUCCUACAUGGUGCUUUUAUACCGGAAGUCCCGCCUUCUUUUGGAAAUCCAGAGCGCUGAUUGGUGCAACAGCAGCGCGGCAGUGACGCAGUCAUUGAUCGAGUCGACACCAGUCAGCGAAUCAGGUAGAAGACGAAAGAAAAGUCAAAAGAGAAACGACAUUCACUAAAUUCCAGGUGUUUCAGUACUGUGACGUAAAGUGGGCGUUUCUGCGUUUGCGCGCGCAUUCCGAGGAUCAGCGAUGUAAGAUGAAGGACAAAACAAACGCGCCACCAAGUGGACCAGAUCAGUAUUACAGUCUCACUGCACAGCCCGACGUUACAGUUUGAAGCAAAACAAGCUCUGGUUUAAGGAGUGUGAUCAAUAACAGCAGAAGAGAUCAGACUUUUCAGGACUCUGUGUGUGUGUGUGUGUGUGUGUUUGUGCAAACUUUACUAAUAUCCAAAGAUGGAGGCCCUCAAUAAACUAAAAAAACGUAAACUCAAGGGAGAAAGGUCCGAAUCACCAGCACCCAGCUGUAUCUCCAUGAAGAGUGAUCAGUCUAUGGAGCCACCUUUGAAAUUUAAAGCUGAAGGCCCCUCAGAUCUACACAGUGUUCUACAGAGAGCAGGAGACAGAAUAGAAAAGAACAUCAUCACAGAUACACGGCACGACCCAGAAUCUGUUGCUGUGAAUGAAUUCCAGAAAAAAUUCAAAUUAAACCUGAUGAAGAAGUUUCAGUGUUUGAAUGGAGUGAUAAUAAACCUGGGAAACCAAACACUCCUGAAUGAGAUCUACACAGAGCUCUACAUCACAGAGGGAGACAGUGGAGAAGUCAAUAAAGAACAUGAGGUGAGACAGAUCAAGGCAGCAUCCAGGAGAACAACAACAGAGGACACACCAAUCAAAUGCAACGACAUCUUUAAGCCCUUAUCUGAACAAGACAAACCCAUCAGAACUGUGGUGACAAAGGGAGUCGCUGGCAUCGGAAAAACAGUCUCUGUGCAGAAGUUCAUUCUGGACUGGGCUGAAGGGAAAGCAAAUCAGGACAUCCACCUCAUAUUUCCACUUCCUUUCAGAGAGCUGAAUCUGAUGAAGGACCAGAAACUGAGUCUGAUGGAGCUCCUUCAUGUCUGUUUUAAGGGAACAAAAGAAACAGAAAUGUCCAGUUUGGAAAAGGUUCUGUUCAUUUUUGAUGGAUUGGACGAGUGUCGUUUUCCUCUAGAUUUCCAGAACACAGUGAGAGUGUGUGAUGUAACUGAAUCAGCAUCAGUGCAUGUGCUGCUGAUAAACCUGAUCAAGGGGAAUCUGCUUCCCUCUGCUCUCAUCUGGAUCACCUCUCGACCAGCAGCAGCUGAUCAAAUCCCCUCUGAAUGUGUCCAUCGAGUCACAGAGGUACGAGGGUUCAAUGACCCACAGAAGGAGGAGUACUUCAGGAAGAGAAUCAGUGAUCAGAGCCUGGCCAAUAACAUCAUCACACACCUGAAGUCAUUAAGAAGUCUCUACAUCAUGUGCCACAUCCCAGUCUUCUGCUGGAUUUCAGCCACUGUUCUAGAGAGAAUGUUGGGUGAAGCAGAGAGUGGAGAGAUCCCCAAGACUCUGACUCAAAUGUACACACACUUCCUCAUCAUUCAGACAAACAUCAUAAGAGUAAAGUACUCAAAGAAGCAGGAGAGUGAUGAAAUACUUCUUAAACUGGGACAACUGGCUUUUCAGCAGUUGAAGAAAGGGAAUCUGAUCUUCUAUGAGGAAGACCUGAGAGAGUGUGGCAUAGAUGUGAGAGAAGCAGCAGUGUACUCAGGUGUGUGUACGCAGAUCUUCAGAGAGGAGUUUGGGCUUCACCAGAGUAAAGUGUACUGCUUUGUUCAUCUGAGCAUUCAGGAGCACCUCGCAGCUCUGUAUGUGCACCUGACAUUCAUGGUGGAAAAGAGAAAAGUUCUUAAUCAGAAUCAGGUCUCUAAAUGGUGGAUGGAAAAAAUGACAAUCUCAGAUGUACACUAUAGUGCUGUAGAUCAGGCUUUAGAAAGUCAGACGGGACAUCUGGAUCUUUUCCUUCGAUUUCUUCUGGGUCUCUCACUGAAGUCCAAUCAGAAACUCUUACAUGCCUUAGUAACACAGACAGGAAGUAGCUCCCAGAGCAAAGAGGAAACAGUUCAGUACAUUAAGAAGAAGAUCAGUGAAGAUCUUCCUACAGAGAAAUCCAUCAAUCUCUUCCACUGUCUGAAUGAACUGGGUGAUAAUUCUCUAGUGGAGGAAAUCCAACACUACCUGAAAUCUGGAAAACAAAGUGAACUCUCUUCUUCACAGUGGUCUGCUCUGGUGUUUGUGUUAUUGACAUCAGCACAGGAGCUGGAAGAAUUUGACCUGAAUAAAUAUUUCAGUACACAUAAGAUACCAGAAACUGUUCUUCUGAAGGUGAUGCCUGUGAUUGCAGCAUCCAGAAAAGCAACUAUCAGGUGUGAUUCACUUGGAGUGAGAAGUUGGUCAGCUCUGGUCUCAGCGCUCAGCUCAGAAACCUCCAAUCUGAGAGAACUGCAUCUGACUGUGAAAACACUGGAUCUGACUGGGAAUGAACUAGGAGACUCAGGAGUGAAGAGUCUCUGUGCUGUACUGGAGAAUCCUCACUCUAAAGUGGAGACACUGAGGUUGCGUGGUUGUGGUGUCUCAGAUGAAGGCUGUGCUGCUCUGACUUCAGCUCUGAAAUCAAACCCCUCACAUCUGAGACAACUGGAUCUGACCUCUAAUAAUGUAGGAGACUCAGGAGUGAAGAGUCUCUCUGCUGUACUGGAGGAUCCUCUCUGUAACCUGGAGAUACUGUGGUUGUAUAAAUGUGGUGUCUCAGAUGAAGGCUGUGCUGCUCUGACUUCAGCUCUGAGAUCAAACCCCUCACACCUGAGACAACUGGAUCUGUCCUAUAAUAAACUAGGAGACUCAGGAGUGAAGUGUCUCUCUGCUGUACUGGAGAAUCCUCACUGUAAACUGGAGAAAUUGGGGUUGUGUAAGUGUGGUGUCUCAGAUGAAGGCUGUGCUGCUCUGACUUCAGCUCUGAGAUCAAACCCCUCACACCUGAGACAACUUGAUCUGUCCUAUAAUAAUGUAGGAGUCUCAGGAGUGAAGAGUCUCUCUGCUGUACUGGAGAAUCCUCUCUGUAAACUGGAGAUACUGUGGUUGCGUGAGUGUGGUGUGUCAGAUGAAGGCUGUGCUGCUCUGACUUCAGCUCUGAGAUCAAACCCCUCACACCUGAGAGAACUGGAUCUGUUUAAUAAUAAAAUAGGGGACUCUGGAAAGAAACACUGA